AUGGGGAUUACAGCUAUGAGUUUCUUGAAAUGGCUGGUCAUUUUAAUGUUCCAAUUUUAUUACCUUUUCGACCUCAGCAUAGCCCAGCCAAAUUUUACUUCUUUUGCAUAUAGUACAGAUUCUAAUAAUACUGAGUUCUCCCCAAAUAGUUCAUAUGACACUAACCUCAAUACAAUCCUCUCCUCUGUUUCACGGAAUAUGGAUGAAUUUGGAUUCUAUAAUUCUUCCACAGGCCUAAACUCCGACACGGUUAGUGUCAUCGCGCAAUGUAGAGGAGAUGUACAAUUACAGGCAUGUCGUGAUUGUAUAAAUGCUGCGACACCUAAGAUUUUAGAGGCAUGUCCUUACAUGAAAUCGGCCUUUGGUUAUUAUGAUCGUUGUAUGCUACGAUAUUCAAAUGAGUCUAUUAUAGGCAUCGCUACAACUGAACCAGGAAGAAUUUUAUCUAACACGGUAAAUGCCUCGAGUCCCGAUGAGUUUAUGCAAGAUCUAAGAACCUUGUUAGAAAGUUUACGAAAUCAAGCUUCACGGGGCGGUAAGCAGAAGUAUGCUAGUAAUAGUACUAAGGGCCCUGAUUUUCAGACUAUAUAUGCACUUCUACAGUGCACUGCGGAUUUAACAGCUCAAGAUUGCUUCAGUUGUUUAGACACUGGCUUUAGAAGUUUACCCAAACUGUUCCUGUUAUAG